GCAAACCUUCAUCUACAUAACACAAUGUUGAUAGGGAUUUCAGGAACUACAAGCAGCGGCAAGACCGAGAUUGCUCGAUACCUUACGUUCCAAGGGUUCACACAUAUUUCCAUCAUGGACUAUAUCGCCUCCAAAUCCCCUGAAACCUCCUCAAAUGACGUGUACACCUCGUCGAUGGAAGCGCAUCAGUUUCCAACUUUGGAUGCUCUUGUAGACCAUGUCACCGCCAAUUGGCGCACGAACUUUGUGCUCCGUGAUAUCACCUCGCUACACGUUCUCCAUGCCCUCCAGAAGCGCCCAUUUUUCCUUCACAUCGCCGUGGACGCUCCUAUAAAAUUACGGUACCAGCGAUAUAAAUCCAAACACAACUCGAAAGUUACACUCGAAGAGUUUGUGGAUGCCGGGGACACGGCCCUGUUUGCAGCCGGCAACCCGUUAGCUGAGAUCAACGGGCUUGCUGACAUCAACAUCAUCAACACGUCGAGUUCCAUCAAAGACCUCUUCAUCAAGCUCUCGGAGCUCAAUCUAUUCGAUCAGUCGCGGUUAAGACCAACAUGGGACGCGUACUUUAUGAGACUCGCCGACUUGGCGGCGUUGCGGUCCAACUGCAUGAAGCGUCGCGUAGGGUGUGUACUUGUGCGAGGCAAUAGAGUCAUUGCCACUGGAUAUAAUGGCACUCCUCGUCACUUGACCAACUGCAACGAAGGAGGGUGCGAGAGAUGUAACAAAGGGCAAGGAAGUGGAGCCGGGCUUUCCACGUGCCUUUGCUUGCAUGCCGAAGAAAAUGCGUUAUUGGAGAGUGGUAGAGAUAGGAUCAAUGAGGGAAGUGUCUUGUACUGUAACACCUGUCCGUGCUUAACAUGUGCAAUCAAGAUUGUGCAGAGUGGCAUCACCGAGGUUGUGUACGCACAGAGCUACUCGAUGGAUCUGGCGACGGAACGGGUCAUGGGCGAGGCCCGUAUCGUGUUGCGGCAGUACGAGCCCCCAAGAGACGGAGUGAUUAUUUAGGCACCUCCUCCAGUUCAUUACCUUCACAGUCCAGCUCACCUUCACAGCCCAGCUCACCUUCACUACCCUGACUACAGACAAUAGCAAACGCCAUUCUAUUAGACUAAAUAAAUACCACCUCUCAGUGCCGUCUUAAAUCUCCUUGUACUGGUAUGGACCUGGCUUCUCUUCAGCAGCCACCUCAAUUGUCUCCAACACUUCUCCUCCAUAACUCAACUCGGCCUUCAUCACACUUCCAGGAUUAAUAGGACCCACUCCCUUUGGUGUUCCCGUCAAAAUCAAGUCUCCUUUUUGCAAUGUCAUAAUCGUUGACAUAUGCGACAAGAUCUUGUGGAUCGGGAAAAGCAUCAAAUCAGUUUUAUCAUGUUGUUUGGUCACUCCGUCCACUGAAAGCGACAAGGUCACAUUGUAGGGAUCAGGAAUUUUGCUCUUGGGAAUGAAGUUCGACAUGGGCAAAAAGGUGUCGAAUCCUUUUCCAAUGGACCAUGGUAAACCUUUCUUUUUGGCUUCAUCCUGAACAUUUCUAGCAGUCAUGUCGAUGGCCACGGCGUAGCCAUCAAUGGAUUCGAGAGCUUCCUCGGCCGAGAAGUCGGGUGACAAGUUCUUCAAGUCUCGGUUCAACGUAAAGGCAAGUUCUACUUCAUAGUGAGCGACAGUUCCUCGAGGGAUCAAGAGGGCCCCUUCACCAGGCCGUAAAAUUGCCGACAGUGGCUUCAAGAAGAAAAACGGCUGUUGAGGUUUAGCAUUGUUGAGCUCCAGAAUAUGGGCCGCAUAGUUUCUGCCGAUACACAAGAUCUUUCUGGCGUUGUCUAAGUAUUUAAGUGACAUUUGGUACAGU